GCCUAGGGGGUCCUCUUUGACAUUUUGCUCACUUCGGGCUUGCAUACUCUCCUCCUUUCCCUGCGGAAAGUUUUACACUUAAGAGGGGUUAAUUAAUCCUGAAGAACUCAGUGUGAAGCGAUCCUGCCCCUCUGCCUCGCUGUACUCUGCAGUGCGUAGAGCCACAACGCCGUUGCAGUGUCACUCAGAAUGCACAGCUUUAUGGGAGGGGGCCUGUUCUGCGCCAUAGUAGGGAACAUCCUGCUAGUAGUCUCCACAGCGACUGACUACUGGAUGCAGUACCGCCUGUCGGGCAGCUUUGCCCACCAAGGCCUCUGGAGAUACUGCAUGUCGGGCAAGUGCUAUAUGCAGACAGACAGCAUCGCCUACUGGAAUGCCACCCGUGCCUUCAUGAUCCUGUCAGCUAUGUCGUGCUUUGCCGGCAUCAUUGCAGGCAUUCUCUCCUUCGCACAUUUUUCCGCCUUCGAGAGGUUUAACCGUUCCUUUGCUGCAGGGAUCAUGUUCUUCGUAUCCACUCUCUUUGUUCUGCUUGCAAUGGCCAUCUACACUGGGGUGACAGUGAACUUCCUGGGAAAGCGCUUUGGUGACUGGCGCUUCUCUUGGUCCUACAUAUUGGGCUGGGUGGCACUGCUCAUGACCUUUUUUGCAGGUAUAUUUUACAUGUGUGCUUAUAGAAUGCAUGAAUGUAGAAGAGUGACGGGCCCACGUUAAAAGAGAAAGAAAGACUGAAAUGAAAACCCAGCGAGUUUUACCAAAGCAAGUCCCCAUGAUGGAAGAAUCAAGCUUACAAAAACUAUUGUCAUCUCUGUAAUAUAGAAGUAAUGCUAGAAGAAUGAGAACCAAUGAUAAAUAAACAUUUAUGAUUCUGUC